UUCGCGUCUCUCCCUCGAUCCCUUUUCGUACAGCUGUCAUUAUCAGCGCUCCGUACAGAUACCAAUACCUACCUGCAGUUCUGUACCUACAGUCUUCGGAUCCCCGUCGACUAUCGCUCAGCCUCUCUCGCACAAGCACACGUACGACCGUGAACACUAUCUCUCGAAUCCUCGAGUCCACGUCAACCUUGACGCAUCACGAUCACUAGUACCCAUCCAAACUAAAAGCAAAAGCAAGAGCAAAAGCUUCGAGAUCGUCUGUCCACCCCCACCACGCGCAUCUUCCUCCGGGCCACGUCCGGACCAGCUCCACAGAUCCACCACCCAGUACCCACCAAAGCUCGCGUCUGUGACAUUGCACCACGCUGCACAGCCCAGCUGGAGCAGACAACCCUGGGAUCUCAAAUCUCUCGUCAAGGUCUGGCCCAUCUAGGUGAUCAAUUGCCGGCAACGUUCCAACAGGGGAGGAAAACGAAGGGGAACCGCAUGGGAAAAGGGGACCACUUGUUGAUUCCCACAGUUGCGCUAACUUUCUUCCCUUUCGUGUACGGAGUGCCUACGAACGAAUACCUUGCGCAUCGCAUCUCACGGCAUCUCUCGUCCCAUCCCGGCCAGUCCCAUCUGAUCCCGUCCCGCUGGCCCGCUUCAGCAACUGCGUCUGUUUCAACUGCUGUGCUGUCCUGUACGCUCGCUGCUGCUCAGCUUUAGCCUCGACCUUACUCGCCCUCCUCCUGCUCCUGCUUCUACUCCUACUCCUGCGUCGAUUACCCUUCAACUUUGCAUCUGGAGCUCUCCAACGGAUAACGCAGCCCAGCCAGCUUCUCUACCACCUCGACGGGAAGAUGUGAGACGCCCAACCCUCGGAUCACCGCUCCCCCCUCCCUUGCAACUUUCAGUCCUUUUUUCGGUGAACGUGUACCAUCCACGCACGCUUCGUCUUACCUUCGCUUCCACUUCUCCCUUGCCCUUCUUACUUUCUCUCUUCCCCUCUUCUUCCUUUAAACUGUCCUCAGGCCCAUCGCUGCUGCACCUCUCCGUCCCUCCCAGAUAGAGAAGCAUGCCGGAUCCAUGGCGCCAAUUACGCUCCUUCGUUUUCCUCAGCGAUGAAGAGAUGGGGAAGAAGGACGACGACCACCACCGCCCUGGCGGCAGCGCCAUCAAGAACCCCAUGCUGCUUCGAAACAGGAACCCCCAAUGGCAGCCCGCCGCCAAGAUGCCCUCCCGCCGCCUCUUCCGACGCAUCGCCUACCUCCUCGUCAUUGCCGCCGGCCUCUGGUACCUCCUGAGCGACCUCUCCCUCGGUUUCGGCCAACGGCCCCCGAACUACAUCUACCCGUACCCCGAAGACGCCUCUCCGUCCCGCGAUCCCUCGUCACGAAAGCCCGGCCGACUAGCUCAAGGUCAACCCAUCCCGCCGGCCGCAGAACACGACUACAAUGGCCCCGUCAAGUUCCACCGGCUCGCCAACUCGCUGCACGCCAUUGCUGCUACCAAGGGCAGCCAGCCUAUCAACCAAAAUGUCCUCUUCGCCGCCUCCAACUUGCGCAGCAUAUCGAGCUUGCUACCGUUCGCAUGUAAGAUGGGCACUGAGUUGAGGAGCUACGUACACUUCGCCGUCAUGAGCAGGAGCGACAUCAACCUCGACGAGCUCAAGAAGAUCAACGGCGUGGACGAUACCUGCUACAUCAUCUGGCACGAUGCCCGAGCCGACUUCUCCCCCCUCUCGACCGACGCUCGACUCGAACAAUCCGCGGUCCGCGCGCUGCGACACAUAAGCACAUACAUGCAUCCUCAAGCUAUCCUCAUUGACGGUUCCGACGACGAAUACGUUCCCUUCACGAAAGGAAUGCGCGACGAGACAGGCAGGCUCAAGACCCCGCUGAUUGAGCUUCCUGCUGGUGCAUGGACACAUCUUUCAUGGCUGUCGAAGCUCGACAGUGCUUCCCUGGCUGCGUGGAACCAGGUCAGCGUCGACAUCCUGAUCCAGGCCCCGGCGAGCGGGUCAGGCAGCCUGUUGCGGCUGCUCAAGUCUCUCAAUGACGCCGAUUUCACUGCCUUCUCGAUCCCUCACCUCACCAUUGAGCUACCGCAAGACAUUGAACCUGCGACGGCCAAGUUCCUCGAGACGUUCCGCUGGCCGCCGCCACAUGUGCAUAACCCUGGGCGUGUGCAGAUGCUCUCCCUAAGGCAUAGAAUACCGAGACAGCGCAUGACGGAGGAGGAGAGUUCCAUCCGAUUUCUCGAAUCUUUCUGGCCAACAACGCCAAAGUACUCUCAUAUUCUAGUUCUUUCACCGCAGGCGGAGCUUGCGCCUGGUUUCUUCCAUUACCUUAAAUACACGGUGUUGGAGUACCGCUACUCUCGCCUGACCACCCUCCAGAAAUGGGACCAACGUCUGCUUGGCAUUAGCAUGACCACGCCUUCCAUGUACCUGAACGGCAAGAAGGAUUUCAUCGAGCCGACGGCAGAAGGCGCAAGCGAUCUCGAACCCGGAACCUCUUACCUGUGGCAAGCUCCCAACAGCAACGCCGUUCUCUUCUUCGGCGACAGGUGGAUCGAGCUGCACGGCCUCGUAUCGCAAGUCGACGCGCUGCAACACGCGCGGGGUGCCGAGCCAUCGCCGGCGCUGAUUGCCGAAAAGCAGGUCAGCAAGAUGUACCCCUCCUGGCUGGAACACAUGCUGCGCCUGUCCCGGCUCAGGGGCUACUUCACGCUGUAUCCCAGCGCGGAGACGGCAGCCACGAUCGCGACAGUGCACCAGGAGCUCUACCAGGCCCCCGAGGAAUACGAGAAGGAAGGUGGGGAGGGUAAGAAGACGGCGAGUCUCUCGGAAUCGAGGUUUGGCUCUGGGUCCCUGGUUCAGACAAUGGACACGCUGCCGAACAAUGGUAGUCUCAAGCCCGCCAAUGACCUUCCCCUGCUCGGCUGGGAGGGCGAGGGUACGAACCUAAGGCACAUCUAUCAAAUGGCGAUAGAGUACAUGUUCACAUGGCGCGAGCAAGUCGGCGGCUGCAGCAAAGAAGAGUCCCAGCGGGAUCAUGUGGAUGGGUCCGCGAGGGAUCUGUUCUGCACGCCUGAUGGUAAACUCAAGGCUUAAUAGAGAAUGAAGUGAGUGCGGAGCAAAAUCCUAGGGGAAGAAAGCCCGUGAAUUUUGUGCCAAGUGUAUACUAUAUAGACCCUUUUUAUAUACCCACGGGAUGGAUGGAACAUCAGCAUGGACUGACACGGCGCGACGAAGACAAAGGCACAAAAAGGUGGG